GUCCUUUACUAUACAUUUACAUGCCUGGGUGCAAAUCAACCUAUCCCAAGUAUUCCACGUAUCCUAUAAUUCAUGUGAAUAUGUAUGCAUAUAUGAUAACAUCAUGUCAUAUAACAGCUACAUACGUUUUCCACGUUUAAUGAAUCUUGGACACAGUGAAAGGAUAUUAUAUUUGCUAUUCCUAGCAAUUUUACUUUUUUAUCUGCAAGUAGAUGCAAAUUAUUUUGGAACUAACUCCAAGAAAGAUGACCAAUGUUUCUGCAAGUUGAAAGGAUACAUAGAUGAUUGUACUUGUAAUGUGGAUACCGUGGACUAUUUUAACAAUAUGAGAAUUUAUCCGAGGAUUCAAAGUCUUCUAGUCAGAGAUUAUUUUAGAUUUUAUAAAGUAAACUUGAACCAGAAUUGUCCAUUUUGGGCAGAUGAUAGCAAAUGUGCUAUUCGGUAUUGUCAUGUAUUGCCGUGUCAAGAUAAUGAUAUCCCGGAAGGUUUAAAGGGAGAGAUUCCAAGAGAUAUUCACUUUAAUGAAAGUCCUGUAGAUAAAUAUAAAUCAAAUGCGCAAAUUGCUGACUGCUCAAAAGAUCAUAAUAUGGAACUUGGUUUCUUGAACACAACAAUUAGUUCAGAAAAUUACAAAGAAUUUGAACGAUGGCAGCGACAUGAUGAUGCACAAGACAAUUUUUGUGUAAAGGAAUCUAAUCCUGGGGAAUAUGUGGAUCUUUUACUUAAUCCUGAAAGAUAUACAGGAUAUAAAGGAACUAGUGCACAUAGAAUAUGGCGAAGUAUUUAUAUGGAAAAUUGUUUUAGACCUGAAAACUCGCCACAAAUUUUUAUACCAUCUUCUAAAAUAAAUAGAAUGUGUUUAGAGAAACGAGUCUUUUACCGAGUCAUAUCUGGCUUGCAUGCUAGCAUCAAUAUACAUUUAUGUUCAAAAUAUUUGUUAGCUCCUCAAGAUGGUUUGCAAGUAUCAUCUGAUAAUCAAUGGGGUCCUAAUUUGGAAGAGUUGCAAAGAAGAUUUUCUUCUGAAACAACAGGUGAUGAAGGUCCAAAUUGGCUAAAGAAUUUGUAUUUCACUUAUUUACUUCAAUUAAGAGCUCUGGCUAAAGCAGCACCUUAUUUAGAAAGAGAAGAAUAUUAUACAGGUAAUGAAAUCGAUGAUGAAGAUACAAGAUUGGCGAUGAACGAUAUAUUGAAUGUUAUCAAGUCAUUUCAGGAACAUUUCAAUGAAACUGUGAUGUUCACUGGAACAGAAGCACAGUUAUUGAAAGAAGAAUUUAGGCAACAUUUCAGAAAUAUUUCACGUAUUAUGGAUUGUGUGGGAUGUGAUAAAUGUAAGCUAUGGGGUAAAUUGCAAAUCCAUGGCCUGGGCACUGCAUUAAAGAUAUUAUUCUCUGGAAAAUUUGAUAGAUGGAAACCGACACUUAAUAAUUUUAAUCGAAAGGUGUUUUUCUUAGAAAGAAGUGAAAUUGUUGCUUUAGUCAAUGCUUUUGGAAGGUUAUCGGAAAGUAUUUUCGAGUUGGACAGAUUUCGCAGGAUGAUGAGAUAACCAUAAUGUCAACUUAUAAACUUUUCAAUUCCUCUAUGAAACAUCACUUGACACAUCACUGAGAUUUUUACUUCUCUGUUUUUUGCUUCCUUUAUUUGUAGAGAGUGGACUUUGCUGUGCUAAUCUAAUUGAAUAUUUAUUAAUAUAAAAUGUUUUUAAUACAUAAUAUUUACAUAACUAAAUAAUUAACAAUAGAAUCAUUUUAUAGCGAGUUUUAUGUGGGUAUUUUUUAAAAAGUAAGAUAAAGAAUGUGUUAUUCUAUUGAAAUUAUUUAUUUAAUUAUAUUAAUAUAUAAUUUUCAAACUACAUAAAUGUCAGUUUAAAUAUUAACUAUUCAAUUAGACUUUAGCUAUUUGUGAAUAUUUCUUCCAAUACUAUGAAAGCUAUAUAUGUAUGUAUACAUAUGUACAUGUAUCCAUAUAUAUGUCAAGACCAACUGUACCAGUGUUUACUUAUACAAAUUAAUAAUUAUAAGUGUAUUCUUAUAUUGAUAAAUAAGAAGAAUAAUAUAGGAAAUGAAAAAUGAAGAAAAAGAUCAUGAAGCCAACUGAAGGCAAAAAUUAUCGAUGCAAAUAAUUAUAUACAACACAUACACAAACACACAUACAAAUAUAUGUGAAAGAAUGUAAUUAGACAUAUUUAGUAAGAGAUUGCCAUUUGAACUGAUAUUUUCUUCCGAUUUAUAUCGUAGCUUUUGACUCUGUCUGUGAUAAAUAUUUCAUCUAACAAUAAGGCAACUGUUUACAUGACUUAAAUUUAUGUAUAUUAUACUUUAUGAAGUUGAAAUUCUGUUUACAAUACAUAUUUUUAUAAUCAA